AUGGCCCUCUGGUCGGUGUUCCUCUCCCUCCUAGCAUGCGCACUGUGGUCACUCACGCAUUCCGCUUCAGCAGCAGCCCAAGCCCCAACCUGGUGCGGGAAAUUCUACGAGCCAGGAUCCCUGCCCACCAACCCUGGCGGUCAGUUCCACAUCCCGGCGUACUCAGAGCCUCCGCUGCUUAACUUUGGCUGUGCGCCUAGCAACUAUGUCGGCACGCAUGUGCAUAUCCCGCCUGGGGCGACGCUCCCAGUGCAUGUGUGGGUGGACGACACGGUUCUAGUGGCAGGGGAGGUAGAUGUUGGCCUCACCGGCAUUGAAAUGUCGUUCAACUUCAGCCAACUGACUCCUCGCUCUAAACCUUACACCCUCUCUUGCGUGCUUGAUCUCCCUGACGGCCAGGAGGUGAAGGCAGAAAACAGGCUUACCUACCUACCGCCAAACCCAUUCAAUGGGUCGACGACCAAGUUCGAUGCCAGGACUGGAGCGACGCUAGUGAAGAGUUUCGAUACCGGGGUGUGGGAACCGAUCUUUCCCUUGGGUUUCUAUACCACUUUCGGAGGCUACCUGGAAUACAAUCUUACGAUCCUGGACCAUACGAAGGAGAUUGGAUACAAUAUGGUUCACCCUGUGCCAACUUUUGACAACCUCACGGCUUUUAACAUGGUGCUCGACAGAAUGGAACAGCUUGGCCUGUGGCUAAUGACCUACAUGAACCUAUCCUCUGUGACGGAGCAGGUGAACAGCCUUAAGAACAGAACUAACCUCCUACUUUGGUAUACUGGGGAUGAGCCGGAUGGUACGAGUGAUCCUCUCAAUGCUACAUCGAUCGCUCGCGACCUCAUCUAUGAGCUGGACGGCUAUCACCCCGUCUCACUUGUGCUCAAUUGCCAGAAUUACCACUGGUCGGAAUACACCUCCGGAGCGGAUAUUAUCAUGGAAGAUCCUUACCCAAUCGGGAUCAACGCAACUUAUUCCGUGAGGUGGAAUACUUCCUGCACCACAGAGCUGGGGGACUGUGGCUGCGACAACUGUAUUGGGAGCUAUACGGAUAUUACCACUCGAGUUGGCGAGUUCGCCUUCCGAACGCAGAUGACGGGAAGACAGAGGAAUCUUACUACUUGGCACGUCCCACAAGGGUUUGGCAGCUCGGAAUACUGGGCUGUCACUCCCACUGGGCAAGAAUGGUUGGUCCAAUGCACUCUUGCUAUCAAUCAUGGUGCACGAGCGAUCGUGCCUUGGGUAGAACCCACCACGAGCAGCAUCGAGAACUCGGCGAGGAAACUCUCGCAAAGUCUUCCCGUUCUCACAGCAUUUCUCUUCGAUCCAAAGGCCAUUACAGGAUCAAUCCUGACCAGCUCCACAGUUGACCUCACUUACUGGAAGACAACCCAUGGCACCCUCCUGAUGGCUGUGAAUAUGGCCUAUGAGCCGACGGAGUUAGCGGUGGGAGAGUGA